AUGCAGGAAUCGCUCGAACUCUUACUGCUGUUCGCAUUGCUCCAGAAGAAAGCAGAGAGCAGGACCACUGAGAAUUCAGCCAAGGAUAUGUUGGAAGACUGGCGACAGUAUCGGCAAGACUGCCUUCAAAAGAUGCUAGAGGACCCUCAACCCACAGGCCUGGUGUGCAACCGGACAUUUGACAUGUAUGCCUGCUGGGGUGAUGCCCUCCCUAAUACCUCUGCCAAAGUCCCCUGUCCCUGGUACCUGCCGUGGUACCACCAAGUGCAAGAUGGCUUUGUUUUCCAGAAAUGUGGGGCAGAUGGACAGUGGGUGGUGGACGACUCUGGCCAUCCAUGGCGGGAUCACUCCCAGUGUGAGGGUCUUAAUGAGGAGCUCCCUUUCCAGGAACAUUUGUGGAUUUUGGAACAAUUUCGACUCAUGUACACAGUGGGCUAUUCCCUGUCUCUGGUGGCUGUCCUGGUGGCCCUGGCACUCUUGGCAACUUUCAGGAAACUUCGGUGCAUCCGGAAUUACAUCCACAUGAAUCUUUUCCUCUCCUACAUGCUUCGGGCUGUCUCCAUCCUUGUCCGGGACACCCUGCUCCGGCUACGCUUUCCUGAGGAAUUCCAGAAGGAAGGCGAUCUGUCCCUACUUCCUAUCGGACAGGCUGUAACUAGCUGUCGCCUAGCACAAGUCUUGACUCAAUAUUGUGUCUGUGGAAACUACUACUGGCUCCUGGUGGAGGGCAUCUACCUCCACAACCUGCUGGGACCGAUGACCUUCUCCGAAGAGAGCUAUUUCCCAGGCUAUCUGCUCAUUGGAUGGGGGUCACCAAUACUUUUUGUUAUCCCUUGGGCGAUUGUGAGAUACCUCUAUGAAAACAAUGAAUGCUGGGAGAGAAAUGACAACCUGGGCUACUGGUGGAUCAUACGCUGCCCGAUCCUGCUGGCCAUCUUUGUCAACUUUGUGAUAUUUAUCCGCAUUAUCAGGAUUCUGGUCUCCAAGCUCCGGGCGCAACAGAUGCCUUACACGGAUUACAAAUUUAGGCUGGCCAAGUCAACGUUGACCCUCAUUCCCUUGCUGGGCAUUCACGAGGUGGUAUUCGCACUGGUCACCGAGGAGCAGGCGCAGGGCACGGUGCGCUACAUCAAAUUCUUCUUUGAGCUGUUCCUCAACUCCCUCCAGGGUCUUCUGGUGAGCAUCCUUUACUGCUUCAUCAAUAAAGAGGUCCAGUCCGAGAUCCAGAGAAAGUGGCGGGGGUGCCUAUUAGGUGCCGGCCGGCUUGAGAAGCAAGGGCAGAGCUGGAGCCACUGGGCGUCUUGGCGCAGCCGAAGCAGCCACCGGAAAAAGGCCGGCAGUUCCUGCCCUCCCGGCUGCCCGGAACGAACCGGUCCUCCGAAGGGCUUUGAAAACCCAGGAGGCACACGGAUGCAGCCGCAGACCCAGCUGGGCAGUAGACCUUACGGCUAUGUCCCUAUCAAGAUGAAGAUUGAGGAUCAGGCCGACGUGCCCACUGCCACCAAGGAGGUGCCCGCGUGCCCUUCCAGGGGCCCUGAAGCCAUCUGCUGA